AUGCAUACUGGAUUCUACGCAAAAGCGCUGGAGGCAAGGUGCAAGCCUCCAAAAGUCUGCCACUGUGGAUAUCAGCGUUGUUGUUUUGCGCGCAUUCGCUUAUGGGCGGUGUCAUUUUCAACACGUGGCUGGGACAAAUGCGAUUCUUCGAUGGAGUUUAUUGCAGAGGUGCUGACACAAAGUCUACGGCACCGUAAGUGGAGUCGGGAAGAAGACGGCAUAGAAAGUGCUGCAAGUCUUCAAAUCGUAAACUGCUCUUCCGAGCCUCUUAAUGUCAUCUUCAUAUCCAUUGCAACUAUUGGCUACGGUGAUUUUGUUCCUGUGCCCGAUUCGUGGUUCCACACAGUGUCGAUUAUGACCUUUCUCUCAGCAGGUGCCAUCAUUCUCACAACGCUAAUUGACACUUUUAGCUACUAUCUUAAUUAUGUGCAUUAUAUUGGACGAAAAUUCACUGGUACAAAACAUGUCCAAAUUUGGUUUGGCGGAAGAAUGCUCACCGUUCAAGAACUAAUCAAAAUAUGAGACCCCUGCCGGUCAAUGAUGCCGCUCGGCCGGUGUUUGUAAGCGCUCGUUCGGCAUCUUUCGAUUGUAUACUGCUCGGCCGGUUGAUUGGUGGCCGCUGAACCGGUGAUUGUGCCCGUCCGCCCGGU